AUUGAGUUGUAGUCAUCAUUACAGUUAACGUGGAACAAACAAAGAAGUAAAGAUGAAGGUGUCCCUUCUUUGUGUUGCUUUAGUUUUCAUAGUGACAAUUCAACUUGCAGUAAGUGAGGGAGACGAAGAAGAUAACGAUAGAAAGGGGACAAAGCGACGACAAUUCCCAAAGAAAAAAGAUGGCCACGACUUGGGAAAAGAAAAUAGAAAGGGGAAAGGUCAGAGAGGUCCAAAAAAAAAGCCUAGUGAUUUUAUGAGAGAAAAUGCAAAACGUCCUGAACACGAUUGGUCCAAAAGACAAGAAAAAAACGCAGCUCAAACAGAUCAUAAAUUGAGAGGGAAAAGAAAUGCGUUUAAUGAGAGAAGACGAUCGGUAAGAGAUGCCUCACUAGACGUUAAAGAAAUUCUACGACAAAAUCUCCUAGAUAGCCUACGACACGAUCAAAAUAGAAAUUUGAACAGAAAUGCUAGAGAUGUAAAAGCUAGUAGGAAAUUGCAGGACAUGGUCAUACAGACGGUAGCUGAGAAAGUGAAUUCAUGAUAUAACAGCAAGAAAUGGUGAUUUUACAUGGAUACGACAAUGAUGACGACAAUGGACAAUGGUAUUGAACAAUCGACAAACAUUUUAGUAGAAAACUGGUGAUUUUAACUUAUAUCCAAGAUCGUUUGAUAACUCAAUAAACUUUGCACAAAUUGCUGACAACCAAAUCCGUUAUUUCCUUAUUCAUGUUAUACAUACGUUGUGUUUAUAUACAUCAGUAUGUAAUAGAAAUCAUUUGUACUUACUGGAAAUUUGUUGAGUGCAUGUGAAGAAAAUAUCUUUAUUAGCAAUUAAUUUUUCUGAAUUUUUUUACGUUGUUCAGUUCCCUUAUUGCUAAAAUUAUUGUUAUAAUUAUCUGCCACUGCUACUUUAA